AUGCCUUCUAUCUUGUCAGUAAAAGCACGUGAGAUAUUGGAUUCUAGAGGAAAUCCAACCGUGGAAGCAGAAAUCGAAACUGAGCAGGGAAUAUUCAGAGCAUGCUGUCCAUCUGGAGCCUCAACAGGUAUAUAUGAAGCUAAAGAACUACGCGAUGGGGACGAAAAAAGAUAUCUUGGUAAGGGCGUACAAAAGGCUGUUGACAAUGUAAAUAAGAUAAUUGGGCCUGCAUUUAUUGGAAAGGACCCAACACAUCAAAAGGAACUAGACACCAUGAUGACUGAACAGUUGGACGGUUCAAAGAAUGAAUAUGGUUUUACAAAGUCUAAGCUCGGUGCUAAUGCAACGACAGCGGUUUCAUUUGCUCUUGCCAGAGCAGGAGCAGCAGCAAGGGGCCUCCCAUUAUACAAGUAUAUUGCAGAAUUGGCAGGAAAUGAUACUAGUAAAUUUGUUAUGCCAGUACCAUCAUUUAAUGUUUUGAAUGGGGGGAAACAUGCAGGUAAUGCUCUUGCUCCACAGGAGUUCAUGAUUUUUCCGGUUGGUGCACCAAACUUCAAGGAAGCACUUAGAUACGGUGCAGAAGUCUACCACACUCUCAAGUCAGUCAUCAAGAAGAAAUAUGGAUUGGGAGCUACCAAUAUUGGCGAUGAAGGUGGUUUUGCUCCAGAUAUUGCUACCCCAGAGGAAGCACUUGAUUUGAUUACUGAGGCAAUUAGUAUUUGUGGAUAUUCAGGGAAAAUCAAAAUUUCCUUAGAUCCUGCAGCAUCUGAAUUCUUUGUUGAGGAUAAGAAGUGCUAUGAUUUAAGCUUCAAGUGCAAGAACUCCAAUAAUUAUCUUUCAAGUCAAGAAUUAACGGAAAUGUGGAAGAAUAUUUGUUCAAAAUAUGAUAUCGCAAGUAUUGAAGACCCAUUUGACCAGGAUGAUUAUGAAGCAUAUGCAUCAUUGACAAACCAGGUCGGCGAAAAGGUUCAAAUUAUGGGAGACGAUUUAUUUGUAACUAACAUGACCCGUCUCAAAAUUGGCAAGGAUAAAGGUGCAUGCAAUGCUUUGCUGCUAAAGGUUAACCAAAUCGGUACUGUUACAGAGGCAAUUGAGGCUUUUGAUCUUGCAAGAUCAUUUGGGUGGGGAAUUCAGGUCUCUCACAGAUCUGGAGAGACUGAGGACACAUUUAUCGCAGACUUAACUGUAGGGUUAGGAACUGGUCAGCUUAAAACUGGAGCACCUUGCAGAAGUGAGCGUGUCGCUAAGUAUAACCAGCUCAUGCGUAUUGAAGAAGAACUCGGUAGCAACUGCACUUUUGCAGGGGUUAAUUUCAGAAAACCAAUCGCAAGAAUCAGAUAA